CGCAUAUACGUCACAGCGGGUUGGAGAGGACAAGAAAAAUACUGGGCUAUGUUAAUUCCUACAAUAUUUAUUCACCCAUGGUCCUCCUGUGUAUGCCCAUGAAGCUUUCGCAGUUUUAAGUGCAACUUCCUCUCGUCAGUCAGUGGUGUCGUGUGCGCCUCACAGCCCGCAGAGGAGUUCUGACACUGUCACACAGUCACUGAACUUCCCGUCAAGACACAGCACUGGCGAAAAGAGCUGCUGCUGCUGCUGACAAAAAAAGGGAAACGACAUCGGGUGGUGUCAAGAGGAGAGAGGACACACUCCAGUCCACAAGGCUCCUGGGCAGAGAAACGGUGCCAUUGUCCUCCAGCUGAGGGCGAACAGAGAGGCAGGUCUGGUGCUCUGUUAAUUAGCCUGCGUGGGUCCCUGCAGAGAGAGACAAGAGAGCAGCGCAGCUAGCUGCAGCACAGAGAGGCUUGCACGGGGUGUGAGUGACUGAGGGGCUAGUUUUAUCCACAAUAGGGACAUUUAUCUGACAAACUGAUGUUAGGUUUACUGAUGGGUGCGUUUAUCCGAUAGUCACCCCUCUACCCCCCAUUCGGACCCUGGCUCGGAUUCGCCACUCGGGCGCUGUCCUCGCCGGGGGGUGCCGGAUCACCAUCUCCCGGUCCAGCUAACUGAAGUCAGCGGUUCGGUCCCCCUGACCCCUGUCCUGCCCUGUCUGUCUGCCGCUCUGGCCAUCCCUAGCCGAGCCCGAACAUGGCAGGGAACCUGAAGAAAGGCGGGGGGCUCAUCGGAAUGAUGAAGGAUGCCUUCCAGCCACACCACCACCACCUCCACUCCCAUCACCAGCCCGGGGCCGUGGACAAAAAGACAGUGGAGAAAUGCUGGAAACUGAUGGACAAGGUGGUGCGUCUAUGCCAAAACCCCAAAUUGGCUCUGAAGAACAGCCCCCCUUACAUCCUGGACCUGCUGCCAGACACCUACCAGCACCUGCGCACCAUCUUGUCUCGCUACGAGGGUAAAAUGGAGACUCUGGGGGACAACGAGUACUUCCGGGUCUUCGUGGAGAACCUAACCAAGAAGACCAAGCAGACCAUCAGCUUGUUUAAGGAGGGCAAGGAACGCAUGUACGAGGAGAACUCACAACCCAGGCGGAACCUCACCAAGCUGUCAUUGAUCUUCAGCCACAUGCUGGCUGAGCUGAAGGCCAUCUUCCCCAAUGGUCUGUUUCAGGGUGACAACUUCCGCAUCACUAAGGCAGAUGCAGCAGAGUUCUGGAGACGUGCCUUUGGAGACAAGACCAUUGUGCCUUGGAAGAUGUUCCGCCAGUCACUCCAUGAGUUUCAUCCCAUCAGCUCCGGACUUGAGGCCAUGGCCCUCAAGUCCACGAUAGACCUCACCUGCAACGACUACAUCUCCGUCUUUGAGUUUGACAUCUUCACCAGGUUAUUCCAGCCUUGGUCAUCCCUGCUACGGAACUGGAACAGCUUGGCAGUUACUCACCCGGGGUACAUGGCCUUCCUCACCUACGAUGAGGUCAAAGCACGGCUGCAGAAGUUCAUUCACAAGCCUGGCAGUUACAUCUUCCGACUGAGCUGUACACGGCUGGGCCAGUGGGCCAUUGGCUACGUGACAGCAGAUGGAAACAUACUCCAGACCAUUCCCCACAAUAAACCCCUUUUCCAGGCCCUCAUAGAUGGCUUCAGGGAAGGAUUCUAUUUAUUUCCUGAUGGCCGGACCCAAAACCCAGACCUGACAGGACUGUGUGAGCCUUCUCCUCAAGACCACAUCAAAGUCACACAGGAGCAAUAUGAGCUGUACUGUGAGAUGGGCUCCACUUUCCAGCUGUGUAAGAUCUGUGCCGAGAAUGACAAGGAUGUGAAGAUUGAGCCCUGUGGUCAUCUCAUGUGCACCUCCUGUCUCACAGCCUGGCAGGAAUCCGAGGGUCAGGGAACGGGAUGUCCCUUCUGUCGCUGUGAGAUUAAGGGUACAGAGCCCAUCGUGGUGGAUCCUUUUGACCCCAAGGACAACAGCGGGGGCUCCUGCAGAGGCUCAUACGGGGCUGAGGGGGCUCCAUCACCCAGCUAUGACGACGACGAUGACGACAGACUUGAAGACCCCCACCUCAUGAUGAGCAAACUUGCCUGCACAAAGGUGGAGCGCCCACCCUCACCCAUGUCCAUGGCCCCUCAGUCCUCCCUUCCCCCUGUGCCACCCAGACUUGACUUGCUACCACACAGACCUCCCAACCCUCCAGGCGCCUCCAGCCCCGGGGUCACCGCUAAGGCAGCAUCUCAUCACAAAGACAAGCCUCUCCCCCUCCCCCCAGCACUGAGGGAUCUCCCCCCUCCUCCUCCUCCAGACCGUCCCCACACAGCCGGGGCAGCCCCCGAUGGACGGCUACCUAGGCGGCCCUUACCCUGCACUCCUGGGGAGCCCCCUCGUGAUAAGCUCCCUCCUACACCCCCAAACCGGCCCCUGGCUGACUGGAACUCUCGGCCCGUUCCCAAGGCCCCCAGCUCCUCUUCCUCAUCCUCCUCCUCAUCUUCCUCAUCCACCCAGGUCUCCACUCUGGGAGGAGACAUUCGAGCAGGUGUCAGGGAACUCUCCAACCGUCACUCCCUCCCCUUGGCGCUGCCCUCCGCUCUGGACACACGCUCGGACUCACAGAAGAACAACGGCUCCCUCAGUCUGGACCACCAGCUGAAUUUUACAGCAGUGGCUGCUCAAGAUUAUGACAACCCCAAAGUCAAGCCCUCAUCCUCAGCCAAUGCCAUCUAUUCUAUGGCAAUUAGACCUUCUGCAGCCCUGAGGCCGGUGACAGGAGAGGAGGCACAUGACAGUGAGGAAGAGUCAGAGUACAUGAUCCCCUCCUCUCGCCCUGUCCUACCCCCCAUCACGGCACCACCUGUAGGGGAGAUCCAACCAGUCCCGAGGCCUCCUCAGCCUCUAUCUUCACUCCAGACACAGACCCAAGCCCCUGCACUCAACUCCCGGAUGACACUGUCUGAACUGGAGGAUGGACCUCAAAUGUAUGAAGACAUGUACAACAUCCAGGCCAGGUCCCAACAAGCCAGAGAUUCAGAUUAUUCAGAGUUGCCCCCUCUGGCAAUGACCAAUGGUCCCAGAGACCAUGCGGACGAGGACAGGGAAGAGGAGGAAAACGGCUAUGACUUCCCCAAACCCCGGCUGCCAAUGCCUAGUGCCCGACGGACCCUUUCAGAACUGGGGGGGUCGUCUUCCUCGUCUUCAUCUUCCUCAUCAAGUUCAUCCUCCACAGCUGCUUUCAGCCGCCUUUCUCUAGAUUCGGACGCUGGAGCUGCAGCACUCUUCUCAGAGCCGGUGGAAGCACCAGAGAGACCUCCGAAGCCCCUCCCCAGACGAAUCAACUCAGAGCGACGACCCAGCCCCAUCCCGCCCAUCCCUGCUCCACCCAGUGGAGCAAUAGGAGGAGAAGCCAACCCUCAAAUCAGUAGCGAGAUAGAGGACCUAAUGAGUCAGGGAUACUCUUACCAGGACAUCCAGAAAGCACUGAUGAUUGCACAGAACAAUAUCGAAAUGGCCAAGAACAUCCUACGCGAGUUUGUCUCCAUUCCCUCCACUGCGCAUGUUCUUACAUAGCACACUCCUCGUGCCUCUCUCUACAUGUUUGCUCUCUCGCCCUAGCUUGGCCCAGCCUGGUUGGGUUGAGGUUGGCGCAGCCCAGCCCAAAGCCCAUUGCCUGCAGCACUACCUCCGGUGCUGGCUGACGCCCAACGCUCCUGUGGAUUUUUAACUGGCUGUUCCUCCGGCGAGCUCACAGCAUCUCUGGGACUCCGCGCCCUGCACUCCAUGCGCUUUCAACAGUGUCUGGCCGCCUUUAAACUGCUACAGUGGGCGUAUUUUGUUUUCAAGGACAUCGCAGUGGGACUGACUAAGCACAUGUGGAACAAUGACGGGACGCCACAUGGCGCAAGACCUUUGUAGAAAUCUUGGGAAAACUCUUCAUAUUUCAUGUUGAAGCCUCUUGCUGAAAAUGUAACCAACACCUCACAAAUAAAACUAAAAAUGUAUGUCUAUAUGAAAAUUUAAUAUAUGAGUAAAUAUAUAUUAAAUGUGUGUAAUAUAUACAGUACGUGCAUAUACAGUAUGUUUAAAAAAAACAAAAAAAACAAAAAAAAAACUUUCAGCUUUGAGGGUUGCUGUUGGUACAAGCUAUAUGGGUAGACGGGGACCAGAUUAAAGUCGGGGUUUGGUCCUUUUCUGGCAGACUGAGGGAUGUUACAGUGUGGAGAAACACAUGAGGAAGAGUUGGGGUGUCUUCCUCUCUAAGAAGUGUUGGUCAGCAGCAGCUUAGAAGACGCGCAGUAGAGCUUUUUCACAAUGAAUUCAAUCUGUUAUGGCCUUUUAGAUUAACAACGUUACUUUGGUACCUUUUCUGUUUUUUUUUUUUUAGAAAAACAUGCUUGUUUUGUCGUGUUGUAAUUUUCAAAGUAGCAUGACGAUGGUUUCAGGUCUCAACUGUUGUCUGGCAGUGUGUUUCACUCUCUAUAUGUGAGUGUGUUUCUGUAUGUGAGUGUGUGUGUGUGCGCGUGUCUGCCGGACCUACUCAUGACCUGCUCUUCAUUGAACCCCUGUUCCUGUACAACAUGAAUGUGGAAUUACAGUCAGUAUACUUAGACUUGUGCUCUGUAAACGUACUACUGCUCUAACUCAUACGACGGGGCCUAGUGUAGAUGUAGAGCCUGGCAGCGAGAUUAUUAGAGGACGUGCUAAAGUCGACGACCUUGCAGUACCAGACAGGCUUGUGUGUGUGUGCGUGUGUGAGAUCCAUGGUGGCUGACACGUUUUCGUCUAAUUUCAGUGGCUGCCUGGUUUGAAUUUUUGUCUCUAGAUCAGCCCAGUGUUAUGAAACAAAAAAAUAUAGUCAUUGUUUUACUUUGGUAAUAUAUUAUUGUAAUAUGAUCAUAAAUGUUAUUAUAAUUCAUUCAGAAGUGCUUCACUGCUGCUACUAUUGUUAGUGCUAAACAAUUACGCCUUAAAUGUACAUUUGUGAAUAUUGUGUUUAACAGUCAUCCAUUUCUUUAAAGUGACAGUAUCAUCCGUUUCUCCAGUCCGUAAUGUAGCAUACUUGAAAGUACAAGUGGCUUGUGAGCCUCUCAAGCUUUUUAAUAUAUAUAUUGUCUAUGAUUCUAAACAGGUAGACUCUGGAUAGCAACAGUAAUGAAGCAAACAAAAUUCCUUUCAUUAUGACAUCAUUUUGUAAUAGAAUCAGGCUUCUCUUUCACAUGAAUUUCCUUUCUCACUCUACUGAAAGGGGAGUGGGCUCUGAGGCUUUUUAGAAAAGUAGGCUCAUGGGUUUGCUGGCCCAGCCCCAAGUCUACAUUAAAAUCAGUAUUUGGGCCAACUGUAAGAACUAACUCAGGAAUAAUGUUUAUAUAAACAUGUGGCGUUCACCCUGGCUGUCAAAAACCAGAGGGGACUCAUUGUCAGAGACAGCAUUUCACCAACCGUCUGUUCAUCCAGGUGACAUGUAGCCAAAAGUAUCCGCUUAAUGAAGUCACACAAGUAGCCUCUUACCUUCUUUUUUUUAUUUGUCACAUUAUAACUUGCACAUUUUUCGUAUUAUUUCCAAUGUUCACAGGACUAGAGACAGCAGCUUCAUUUCCAGGUACUAUGAAUGAACAAGAUAAAUAAAUGCAAGGAGCUUUUAGGUACAUUGACUUGAACCUCUCUCAGCAUAUGAAGAAGAAUGUGGUUGGGUUUUUUGGGGGGGUGUAAAUCAUGUCAAUAGCUCAUCAGCCCUAGCUUACUCUGGGUAAUGCUGUCUGUUGACUGGAAGCCAUCUCCUUGCUGUCUGGCCAUCCUCUAGUUCUUGUUUUCUUCUUUUCCAAGUUGCCUUGAGAAACUUCUUGAAUGAUAGGUAAUGGACGUGGAGUUCCCCAGUCCUCAAUACUGUACCAAUGUUUCGUUGAUGUUUCGAGGACAGCAUGUCAUUGUCGUGUAUCAUCUACCUUUUUUUGAAUUUUUGUUCACACAGUUUACCAAUUUGUGCUUCAAUACUGUCACUCUAAAGAAAAGCAAAUUGUAUAGAGUUAGUCAUAUGAAAAGAAAAAAUUGCUGUUUUAUUUCAUUUUGCAUUCCUGUAUAUGUAUUUUGUUCCAAAGGUUUUGUUUACUUAUGUGAGUAAUUCUGUGAGCAGUGCCAUAUGUUUAGAGAUCCUCACCAUGUUUAGAAGAAGGCAUUGUGUGUUUUUGACGGGAGUUUGUAGGUAUUGACCUGCACCUGAAGGCGAGAUUGUGCAUUACGGCUUGUAUUAUUCUGUCCUUUUUGCCUCGUCAGCCGCAUCAGGCCUCAUCUGUGAGGAGUGAGAGGUCUCUGCCUCCUUUUGUUUGUCUUUCUUACCUGAAAGAUUAACUAGGCCUCAGAUCAGUGCUCAAACUCGGAGAUGCUGGAACCUGUUUACCAGCUCCUGUUACCCCUCAGUCCCUGCGUUGGGGUACUUAAACUUUCUGCCAGAAGAGGGAGCUGCUGUUCCAUGUAGCCGCGUUGCUUCUUGUCAGUAAAAGGCAUUCAUUAACUUUUUUGAUGGUUUUUAAAGCUCAUAUCACUUUGGAAGUAUGCACAGUGCUGUUAAUAAAAUGAUAAGUAAAAGCCA